UCUCGAGCCAGUGUCGCAGCGGAGUCCGGAGUGAAGCAGCCGGGGCGCCUCAGCAGCGCGUCGUGCCACGGAGCAGAGGCUCAAGACGCCGCGCCGAGCGAGAGCCGAGAGGAAAAUCUGAAAACCUGCGUAUAAUAAUAGAGAGAGAGAGAGAGAGAGAGAGUGCAGUGGCUCUUGUGCGGGGGCGUAGAGCGCGGCCAGACCAGCGACGUGGCACACCAGACGUCUUAAUUAGAGAAGACAGAGCAGUGCUGGGCUGAGGAGGAAUGAGCGAGUACGGUAGACGUGGCGGCGGCGGCGCUCGCCACGGCAGGGACGAGGAGGAGGAGGAGGAGGACGAUUGCGAGUACGAGGCGCGAGAAAGGAGCAGAGGCAGAGGCAGAAGCGGCGGAGGUGGAGAUCGAGGCGGCGGCGGCGGCGGCGGCGGCGGCGGCAGUGGACCGGAGAAACUCCAGCGGCUGGACAGCAUCCAAGACCCGGGCAAGAGAUACGCGCUGAGAGAUCGCAUCGGCAGCGGAGUCUGCGGCGACGUGUACGAGGCCAUCGACGAGGAAGGCAGCAGGAAAGUCGCCAUAAAGAUCCAGAAGCUCACGCCGGAGACGCAACCCUUGAUAGUCGAGGAGUACCGAGUGCUGCGCGACUUCUCGAGCCACCCGAACCUGCCGGACUUCUACGGCGUGUACCGGCGGCGCUCGGGCAAGAAGACGGAGUACGAUCAAAUAUGGUUCGUCAUGGAGUUGUGCGACGGAGGCCCCGUCAUCGAUCUCGUCAGGGGCUUAAAGAUGACCGACAAAAGAAUGCGGGAGGAGCACAUUGCUUAUAUACUGAGGGAAACCAUUAAGGCGGUGGUGCACCUGCACGAGAACAACGUGCUGCACCGCGACGUCCGCGCGAGCAACAUAAUGCUGACCCGCGAGGGCGAGGUGAAGCUGGUGGACUUUGGCCUGGCCCGCAUGAUCAAGGGCGAGAUGGGCAAGCGCUACACGUGCAUCGGCUCGCCCAACUGGAUGGCCCCGGAGGUGGUGAUGAGCAAGAGCGAGCAGAGCCACGGCUACGGCAGCCGCGCCGACGUCUGGGCCAUCGGCAUCACUGCCAUCGAGCUCGGCGACGGGCACCCGCCCUUCCAGGACAUGCACCCGACCAGGGCGCUCUUCCAGAUCGUCCGGAAUCCACCGCCGACGCUCUACAGGCCGGCCAACUGGACGCAGAAUUUCAACGACUUUAUCGCCGAGUGCUUGGAAAAGAAUCCGGACAACCGGCCCUUCGUCGCGGAAAUCGUCGAGCAUCCUUUCCUCUCGGAGCUGCCCGAGAAUGACUACCCGCUGACUCAGGAGAUCAAGGCUCUGGCGGCCAACCUGAGCGGCAAGGGCAAGCGCGACAGGAAGCCGGAGUCGAUCGUGAGGAAGGGCUACCUCAAGACCCACCAAACCCAGCUGCCCGAGCGCAUGCACCAGGAGGAUCUCGCCGCGCUGGAACAACUCACCGAGGACCGCGUGCUGGACGAGCUGCAGGAGAGGCUGCGCCAGGGCUCCUUCCACACCUUCGUCGGCGACGUCCUGCUGAUCCUGAACCCGAACGAGGAGCAAGACAUCUACGGGCCCAUCUACCACACCAAGUACCAGAACAAAUCGCGCUCGGACAACUCGCCCCAUAUAUACUCGGUCGCCGACAGCGCCUAUCAGGACGUCCUCCAUCACGAGGAACCGCAGCACGUUUUAUUCGCCGGCGAGAGUAACUCCGGCAAGACCACAAACAUGAUGCACCUCGUCCGGCAUCUCAUGUACCUGGGCAAGAGCCUCAAAGACACUGGCGCGAGGGUCAUCAAGGCGAUAAGCUUGAUACACUCGUUCACCAACGCGGCCACUCCUCUCAACACGAACUCGACGAGGUGCGUCUUCCAGAUACAGACGACCUACGGAUCGACGGGCAAGGCCUCGGGUGCCAUCUUCUGGGUCUACCAGCUGGAGAAGUUCCGCGUCUCCACGAGGGACAGGAACCAGUCGAACUUCCACGUCUUCUACUACUUCUACGACGGGCUGGAGGCCUCCGGCAAUCUGCGCCAGUACCUCCUGCCGCAGGGCCGCCGCAUGCGCUACCUGCGCGUCUACGAGCAGGACUCGGUGUCGGGGCGCAAGCGCUCGUUCAAGGUGCGCAACGACCCUCACGGCAACGCCCGCAAGUUCGAGCACAUCAAGGAGUGCCUGAAGGCCCUCGAGCUCGAGGAGCACUGCGAGACGAUCUGGCGCACACUGGCGGCCGUGCUGAACCUCGGCGACGUGCGCUUCAUCGAGGGCAACGGCGGCGAGGCCGAGGUGCACAACAUCGAGACCGCCAGGUCGGUCGCCGAGCUGCUCCAACUCGACGUGAAGAAGUUCACGUGGUCCCUCUGCAACUACUGCGUGGUCAAGAAGGGCGCGGCCGUGCGCCGCCGGCACACCUGCGACGAGGCCAAGGAAGCCCGCGACGUGCUGGCUAACACGAUUUACCAGCGAUUAGUCGACUGGAUCGUCAACAACAUCAACGAGAAGCUCAGCGUCUCGCGCACCCUCUUCGGAGACAAGUUCCUCAUCAGCAUCCUCGACCUCUUCGGCUUCGAGUGCUUCUCGAAGAACCGGCUCGAGCAGCUGCUCGUCAACACGAUGAACGAGCAGCUGCAGUGCCACUACAACCAGCGGGUCUUCGUCUGGGAGAUGCAAGAGCAGGAGGAGGAGGAAAUCCCGAUCGAGCGCUUCCACUUCUACGACAACAAGCAGGCGAUCGACCAGCUGAUGGGCAAGACCGACGGGCUGUUCUACGUGCUCGACGAGGCGUCCCGCCAGCUCCAGGACACCAACUACAUCUUCGAGCGCAUCCAGGGCCGCAGGAGCGCCAGCAGCACCCAGCACGUCAAGGUGCAGGCCGGCCAGGAGUUCAGCGUCGCCCACUACACGGGCAAGCUCAGCUACGACGCGUCGGAGAUCGCGGAGAAGAACCGCGACUUCGUCCCGCCGGAGAUGAUCGAGACGCUGCGGCAGUCCUCCCACGCCGUGGUCAAGGAGCUCUUCACGAACAAGCUGAGCAAGGCCGGCGCGCUGACCAUCGUCUCGCAGGAGAAGCCCAAGGACAAGGAGAAGCCGAAGAAGACCACCGCCAGGAGCAAGUGGGGAGCCGCGCUGCUGCACUCGGACCAGACGACCAACCUCAGGAAGUACAACACAGCCUCCAGAGGCCAGUACUCGCAGACGAGGAAGAUGCGGACGUACGCGGCGACCUUCCGCGCCUCGAGCCUCGAGAUCCUGAAGAACCUGUCGGUCGGCGCGGUAAGCGGCGGGACCCACUUCGUCAGGUGCAUCCGCUCCGACCUGGAGGGCCAGCCGCGCGGCUUCUACCGGGAGGUCGUCAGGCAGCAGAUCCGCGCUCUCGCCGUGCUGGACACUGCCAAGGCCAGGCAGCGGGGCUACCCCUUCAGAAUAACCUUCCAGGAGUUCUUGCGAAGAUACAAAUUCCUGGCGUUCGACUUCGACGAGAACGUCGAGAUGAGCCAGGACAACUGCCGCCUGCUGCUGGUCAGGCUGAAGAUGGAGGGCUGGAUUAUCGGCAAGAGCAAGGUCUUCCUCAGGUACUACAACGAGGAGUACAUGUCGCGGCUGUACGAGACGCAGGUGAAGAAGAUCGUGAAGGUGCAGUGCAUGCUGCGGGCCUUCCUCGCGCGCAAGACCGUCGCCUCCAAGACCACGAAGAACCGAUACGCCGCCCGGGCCGAGCAAGCUGUAAAGAAAGCACCGGCCAAGCCAGAGCCGAGCCGGACAGAGUCGACGCUCAGACAGUCGACGAUAAAAAAGCAAGCGAGUCGGGAGAUGUCUCAAGACGAAGCAGCCUUAGUGUUGCAGAAAGCGUACAGAGGACGCCAAGUCCGAAAAGAAGUCGCACCCCUUCUGAGCCAGGAUUUGAAUCUGGAUCCGGAGACGAUGGACAUGAUGAGGUUCUACACGAGCAAGUGGCGGUACAAGAGCAUAUUCCAAGUCCUCCUACACUACCGUGCAGCCCGGUACCAGGACCUCGUCCACUUCAGUCAGCAAGUCCAUCUAUACAAUCAAGCGGUAGUGGGGGCUCUGCAGACGAGCAAUGAGCGCGUGCCCCUAGAGAGGAUCGAACCGCACGACAACCCCGAUGCUUUCCUUGGCCCAUCUCGACCGCCAGAUGUUCAUAAGCUUCCAUUCAACAUUCACAGCGAACUGCCAUUCUACGACACCAGUCACAUGCACGACCCGACGAAGGCGCGCAGGAGACAAGGAUCCGUAACGUCGUCGAUGUCAGACGAGGAGCAGAAUUGGGACGAGCCGUUGAAGAGGCAAACCAUUUGGGGCAACAUCAGACGGAACAAGAGAGAUGUACAAUGCCAAACGACCAACUCCCCCCAUCGCGAUAUAAACACCUCGAGCCACGGGGGGCAGAGUCUGAUCAACACUCCAUUUUCCAGGGACCCCAGUGUCCCAGUCCGAUGCCCUCCAGAAGAAGCCCAAGCCCAGUCGAGAGCCACUACAGGUUUUCAGGCGCCUAUCGACAGCCGUAGUCCCGUGCGACCGAUCAACGCUCAUGCUCCUCGCUCAAAUGACCAUGAUAAUACCGGGUCUAUCCGCUCUAGGAAGAAAGUGCCACCACCCCCGAUCCCAAUCAACAAAAUGCAAGUGCCGCCUACUCAAUCGCGAAGCUACAAUAGCUACAAUAAUGAGGCUCGUAAUAGGAACGCCACAAAUGACUGGGCAGCUGAGGACAGGAUGAACAGGAACGAUCGUGUGAACCCGAUACAAGAACUGCAGAUGAUCGGCCGAAGGAAUAACAACAACGACACUGGAGACGAUCCUCCAUUCAACUUCCAGCAAAAUUCACGCACCAGGCAAUGCUUCGGAAAACGUCGCAUCAGCGCAACUCGAUGAAGCGCACUCCGGUGUACGACAGCUACGGCUCGUCCCAACCGAUGAAUUUCCGCUCCGGCCGCGGCGACAUGAACGAGUCGAACGUGGUCUACAGAAGCGGCGGAGGCAACAGGGCAGAGUCUCCCGAGUGGAGCCCCAACGAAAUGGUGCGGAUGUCGGAGAAAUACGGCCGGGAGGGCGCCUGGGGAGGAGGCAGCGGCGGACGCGGUGCUUUCGAGCUCGCGAACACGAGCGAAAGCGUCACCGCGGAACUCGCGCCGGGAAUCAUCGUAGAGGGCUUCGUCUCCGAUCUGUGAGGUGCGCGCCAGCGUCAGCGCGCGUCUCUUCAUCCUUUGGUUAUUCAGCUCCUUGUGCGAUGACGAGAUUUACGAAGAGCUAUCGCUCAGCCACUUUCAGAAUCAUACACACACACACACACACACACACAUACACUUGUAGCGUCAUAUUGAGCAACAUUAAAUUGUAUAAAAUUUUAA